UUUCCGGGUGAAGCGGGGAGCGGUCGCCCCGACAACUGAGGAUGGAGCUGUGUGAGAUUCUGUAUAACAAGGCGGAGUACAUCGAGACGGCCUCUGGCAACAAGGUGAGCAGGCAGUCUGUGCUUUGUGGAAGCCAGAACAUUGUCUUAAAUGGCAAGACUAUUGUUAUGAACGAUUGUAUCAUCCGUGGAGACCUGGCGAAUGUGAGGGUUGGACGGCAUUGUGUCAUCAAGAGCCGAAGUGUCAUACGCCCGCCUUUCAAGAAAUUCAGCAAAGGAGUUGCCUUUUUCCCACUGCACAUUGGUGACCAUGUGUUCAUCGAGGAAGACUGUGUGGUAAAUGCUGCUCAGAUUGGAUCCUAUGUUCACAUUGGGAAGAAUUGUGUUAUCGGUCGAAGAUGUGUUCUGAAAGAUUGCUGCAAAAUUCUGGACAACACUGUCCUUCCGCCAGAAACUGUGGUCCCGCCUUUCACAGUCUUCUCAGGCUGUCCAGGCCUGUUUGCUGGUGAGCUCCCAGAGUGUACACAGGAGCUUAUGAUGGAUGUCACAAAGAGCUACUACCAGAAGUUCCUGCCACUGUCUCAGAUAUGAGGUGUGGCUUUACUUCAGAGCACUACAAAUACAGAAUCCAGUUAAUUGGGGAACUCAAAGUGAACAGCUAGAAAAACAGAGGGCCCAAAUUCUGCCUGAGCAUUUCAAAGUGAUGGAGUGGCUCUAACAUGAGGAAACACAAGUUUUCUAAAUGAUAAAUGUGUUCAUCUUUAGUCUGAUGAAGAUUGCUGCUCCUCUACACUGGGAGUGAUUCUCUGUCUGUGUAGUCUUCAGUUCAAUGUUACAGCAUAACACCAGAGAAAAUCCAGAGUACUGGGCAUAUAUUUAUUUGUUGAAACGUUAAAUCACUGAUCCUCCGACUGGGUUUAAUCCACUUGGAAAAGACUUCAGUUGUGACUGAAUGUAAAAAUUGUAUGAGUUCUCUCUUUCGUAUUCACUUGUAUUAGGCUUAAUGUCUGUGAAAUGCCAUUCAGAUUAACUGCUACCUACUAUUUGCAAAGUUCAUGAGUUUCAUCUGCUUAACCACCAACACCAGUUGGAAUUCUCAUUGCUGCAAUAACUUGAGCUCUGUACAAAGUAGAAUUCUUGGACAUCAAUGAGUAGUGCAGCAUUAUUUCAGGACUUGGCUGUUUCUUGGAUGCAGCUGAGAACUAGGAGGUGAACAGGUAGAUAGGAAGUUGUCACCCCUUCCAACAAAACAGUAAUGGUGCUUAGUUAGCUAAAAUGUAACCAGUUUUUAUGACAGAACUUUCAUUAAGGACCAAUUCCUCCGGCAAGGCGCAUUGAUAAAAUAGUAUGACUUAAGGGAAUUUACUCCACAGGGAAACCAAGGAUGGACAGCAUUUUUCGUUUGGGCUUUAACUCAAAAUAAAAUUUAGUUUUUGAGGUCACUGCAGCAAGCAAUGUAUGUAAUGAAUUUAAGUCAAGACUAUGGUACUGGAAAAUAAUAGUAGGUCAGGCGGCAUUAGAGGAACAGGAAAAUCGACGUCUUGGGCAGAAGCCCACCCAAAACAUCGAUUCUCCUGCUCCUCAGCUGCUGCCUGACCUGUUGUGCUUUUCCAACACCACACUCUCGACUCUAAUCUCCAGCAUCUGCAGUCCUCACCUUUGCCCCAUAAUGAAUUUAAUCCUACUUAUGUGCACUUUAUAGAAGGAAUAAAAAACAUGACAGUCCAAAUUUGGGGACCUUGAGGCAAGGCGAUAGAGUGCAAGCCAGUGUUAGUUUUGGGCACUAGGAGUUCCCUGAUUAUUUGGGUGUUUAUGAUUGCUCCCUGAAACCCACCCACCCACCGACCACCACCACAGCUAACAGAUGUUGGAGAACUGAGGAAUGCUUUACCAUCUCCAGGAGAUGCCUGCUUCACUCAAUUGAAUUGGUCAGUGCCCAUAAGUGGACUUUGUGGAAGGCACUGUGUAAUGCUAUAAUUCUAGGAAUACAGCUAAGAGUCAGAAUUCUGCCAGAUUGUGAAAUACAGGGUUUACAUUUAAGAUGUCAGUUUGUUUCUUUUUCUUAUCACCUGGUUAUCAUUUUGUAACCAUUCUGAUAUGCUGCCAAUUCUUUGGAUAGUAAAUGAGUUAUCCGAGUUAAGCAAAUGGACAAUGGGAAGUCAGAACCUGCAAUGUAACUGACUAAUUGCAGUGGUCCAACAAUACAAGAAACACCCCAUAGUAAAUGGAUAUCAAUGUUGCUUCAUGCAGUACAUAUUAUGCAAUUUCGCAGUACCUAGUCCCACCCAUAAUGCACAUUGAGUGCAACUCAAAUUUACUGCUGUUAUCAACUGGGUGCACUACCUAGUUUAUCUACCUUUUCUUUAGGUGGAGAACCAGAUCCAAACUACUUUCCCAUGCCAGUACUGUCCAGCAGUGUUUUCAAAAUGGUUCCUUCUGCAAUCCACUCUGUCUGCAACACCUCAAAGGAAACUGGGACACUAGACCACAGCUUGGACCUAUUGUAUCAGUCACAUCUGUCAAAGAAUUAUAAAUUGGAGAGGUCAAUGUGCAAAUGUAAUAAAUAUUCAUGGUAAUCUUU